GACACAAUUCGACACACAACUCAGUCGCAAGAGAAGUGCUCGACUAGCAACACGUGGUAGUAGUGUCGUCCGUUUAUUCGUCUAAAUUUUUCUUAUUUAUCAACAAUAGCAACAACAAAAAAAAAAUAUUGUGAUCAGUGAAACUAUUUUGUGCAAAAGUCUCCUUUUUUUUUUUAUUUAUUUUUUUGAGUUUUUCUAAAAAAAAAGUGAUUUUUUUUUUUGCUGAAAAGUUUAUCUGGAUUAUGUACGAGUCUGAAAGCUAACCUUUCUUAGAGCCAGAAUGCGAUUAUUCAAGAGACGAUCAGAAGAUCCAAGCCCUGAAUUGGUAUCGGCAACGUCGAUUUCACCGGAUUUUGUUCUUCGAGAAACAAAAAGUGACAUUGAUGAUGUGGGAUCACCAACAUCAUCACAAGAAGAUGGAACAUUACCAAGUUCUUCCUCGUCCUCUUUUUCUGCUCGUAAAGGAAUAUCAACCUGGGGUAGAAAAUUAGGUCGGAAAUUUGAUCAACUGAAGAGAUCGGAAAGUUCGGAGAUUCUUUCGGGAUCGGGAAGAAGACGACGUUGGAGUCCGAAUAGAAGAAGUCUUGGUGAUGUUUCCAAUGAAAAGAAAUUAAACUUUUCACCGUCACCUGAUCAUCCGAAGUCAAAACGAAUUUCUCGUGUUGAAUCAUUGAGAAAUUUUAUUCGCGGUUCAGAAAAGACUGAAAGAACUGAACAAAAAUCGAAGAGUGUAACAAUUGAAGAGGAAGAUUUAUCUAAUUUUCGUAUAGAUAAGGCAUAUAGUGAAGGAGUAUUAAAAUACUCGAAAAUAAUAAACGGUAAUAAUAUCGAUACUCUUCGAAGAAGAAAAGAAGUUCUUUGUCAAAGUAUUCAGAAUCUUCAAAAUAAAGUUCCAGAAUUGGAUAAAUUAGAAGAUGAAAUAACGAGGAGAUUUUUAUCUUCACAAAGAUCUGUGAGUGCAUCGUCAAUUGAUUUGAAAUGUUUACCAAGAAGUGGUAGCGUGAAGAGAAAUCUUUUUAAUCCACGAAAUAUUGACAUCAAUGCUAAUGAAAAUAUUAGCAAUAAUAAUAAUGUUAGAACUGAACGACCGAAAUCGGCAAUGCCAGGCGGUGUCGAAGAUUUGCUCAAUAAUUUGAAACUUGGUUACGAUGAGAGUGGCUAUGAUUCCGAUAGUACAAGAACGGGAGCUGAUUCACCUGAUGGUGAACAAUCAACUCGUCAAUCAAGUCCAAGAAAAUUCUCCAUUACAUCUGAAGACUAUCAAGGUGUUGAUUUAUCUGAUUCCUCCAAGAAAUUUGACAAUUCAAAUGCUGAUGAGACAUUAAAAAAUAAUGAAACAUUGAAUGAAACAACAUUAAUUGCUGAUAAUGAUACAUUAAAUUCAUCAAGUACCACUACAAUGACAUUCAUUGCGUCUAAUAAUGAUUUUUCAAAGAGAGAUGCAUCUCCAGUGAGAAGUAAAUCUUUAAAAUCGACAAAAUUACGUAAUUCAGAAAUGCAAUUUAGAACACCUAAGGGUAAACAACGGAAAAAUAUUCCCACUUCGUGUCUUUUGGAUAAUGCAGCUUCACCUUGUAGAGAUACUCCACCAUCGUUGAAAUAUUUACAAAAAGUUGAGACCACUCCAAUACAAUACUAUAAUCCAAAACGAUCACGCUCCGAUAUGGAACCAGAAGUUGUUGAAAGUCCCAAGAGAAAAUUAAAACGAAAAGGUCUUUCAAAUUCACAACCAACAAAAUCACCAUCGUCAGCACAAAAACUUGUUAGACGAGAAUUGAAAACAAUGAAGUUGAUGAUUGAAAUUCCGGGAAAUUUAGGUAUUUUUUUGGAAAGAAAAGAAGCAGUGCGUCCAUUUUAUGUUAUUUCAAUGUUAGAUCCAAAAGGAGAGGCGGCUAAAUCAAAUCUAUUUAGAAUUGGCGAUGAAAUUGUACGUGUUUCUGGUCGAAGAAUUCGUGGAAUGUCCGAGGCUGAAGCAAGAAAUGCAUUAAGAAAUUGUUUUGGACCAGUUGAAUUGCAAAUAGCGCGAGUACCAACAUUUGAAUUUGGUGAAACGUGGAUGGAAAAUCCCAUAGUUAGAACAAAAAGUGAUCCUCACGUUUGGUUAGCGGGUGAUGAAAAUAUUGAUGAUUCAUCAAUAAUUUUUGAUUCAUCACAAAUGUCAUUUGAUGAUAGUUUUUGUAAUGAGGAAAUUUCUCAACAAAAGGAAGAUUCAGCUGAUAAUUGUAUUAAAGACGAUAUAAUAAUGGAAAAUUUAAAAACCACAGUAAAAGAUAAUAUGAAUUGUCAAAUAAUUGGUGCUUUAAGGAAAGACGGUAAAAAUGUUUCAAUUACAACAAUGGAUAAAAUUGCUGAAGAAAAUAUACAAGAAAAUACGGAAAAAAUAACUGGUAUGAAAAAAUUUCAAAAUAUAAAAAAACGUAAUUCAAAUGCAACACUUUAUUCAAGAAGAGCUACCAGUUUACCAAUGGAUUUAAUAACAAUUUCAUUGGAAAAAGGAACAACAAAGAAACUUGGAUUUUCAAUUGUUGGAGGAUCAGAUAGUAAUAAAGGAAAUAUGGGAAUUUUCGUGAAAGAUAUUAUGGCAGGUGGACAAGCGGCAGAUGAGGGAACAUUGAGAAUUGGUGAUGAAAUUCGGGCGAUUAAUGGAAUUCCCAUGGAAGGAAUGACACAUGGAAAGGCACUACAAACUUUUAAGGCGGUUAAAGCGGGAAAAAUGAUUCUCCACGUUGGAAGAAGAGAUCCAACACACAAACGGUUGUUGAGACGAUGAAGUUGCUUUUUAUUAAUUUUGGUUUCAUCAUUCAGUCGAAAUCCUACGAUUGUCUAGACAGACUGAUUGAAAGUGGAGAAGAAUAAUUCGAUGGGAUUUCUUUGAAGGAGAGAGAAAUUGAAAAAAUGGAUAAUUUACAAGAAGAAGAUUCUCAAAAAUUUUAAGUUUAAUUCUAUUUUUUUUUUUUUAUUUUUUAUUUAUUAUACAUAACAAAUUAUGUACAUUUAAAUCUAUGAAAUUAUUUUGCGAAUUUUCUUAUUAGUUUAUGUUAAAAAAAGAUGUGAUAUUGAUUUAUUAAUUAAUUUUUUUUUUUUAUAAUUUUGACGAAAUUAUCCAGUAUCAUUUAUUUAAUAUUUAAAAUUGAUUAUUUAAAAAUUUAUUUCCAUGAAUAAUUGAAUACGGCCAAUAUACAUGAAAAAAAUGAAAUUGUAAUUAUCUGCAGAAAUGAAAAAAUUCUAAAUUAAGUUAUCUUAAAUAUUAUAAUCAUCUUUAAUGUUUAACUUGAUCUUUAUUUUGUGCAUUACAAUAUAUGAAUUGUAAUUCACUGUAAGAUUUGAAGUUUAAUUGGAAAUUUAGCCGAUAAUUUCUUUUUUUUUUAAGUUAAAAGAUGAUUAGAAAUAGAUUUAAGAAUUGUUUUUUUUUCACUUUCUGUGAGAUAUAUUAAUAUUAGUUUAUUUCUUAUUUUUUUUGUCAAAAAAAAAAUAGAUGUGUACGAACUCAUACCAUUUUCUGUUAGAUGCUCUAAGCUAACAAUUUUGAAAUAUGGUUUCUUUUCUUUUUUUUUUAACUAACAUCGCAGCUGUCAAUUAACAUGUUUUUAUGUUAAAACAUUUGUUGUUAUUAAUUAAACUGCGAUAUUGAUUACUUCUGAUAUUAACUGGGUAUAUAGAAUUAAUACGAAUGAUUUUGUCUUAAUUUUUUUUUUUUUUUUUUUUUUUUGUAAAUAUUAACUUAAGUUUUUUAAGUUACGAAGACUGACAUUCGAAAUGUCUACCUGAUAAAUGCUGUGAUACAGAUUGUAGUCUUAUUUUUAGUUCGUAUCGUACAAAAAAAAAGUGUAUUUAAAAUAAAUGUCGUAUUGUUGAAAGAAAAAA